CCAAAGUACUGACGUCUCAGGGAGCGCCCGCGCUUAUGUAAGCUAAUAGUUUGCGCGAUGAAUUCAGGAGCGUGUCACGGACGUCGGACGCGCUCCUGCUAAGUACUACACCGGCCAGCAUGCUGGCCGUCCGCAGACUUCCUCGUGCAUGCGCAAGAUUCUCUGGGUCUCGGGGAAAUGCGUCUCUGCAGCAGACAGAUGCUCCUGCCAACCCGGUAGCACCGCCGCCCCCAGCACCGAAAGCGGCUGCGCCGACGACACCUCCAGCACCGGCAUCAUCUCCUUCCAAGGCCAGCUCUACGACAACAGGUCAAGCGGAGGCCGCUGUUGACGCAGCUGGGCAAAAUGGGAGGAACUGGCCGACGCACAGGCCGCGCAUCUCGCUGGAAAACCCGCGGCAAUGGAACCGACCUCUGGCAAAGGGUGUGCUUCCGAUCUAUGACCUCGCACUGCAGUACAUCGAAGAGGACUCGAAGGCGCUGAAAGAGCAGCUUACCGAAGUGCGCAAGGCUCUCCAGGCUGCUGAAGCCGCCGGCGACGUCCAGCGCCAGCAGGAGCUGUCCGAGAAGGCGAAGAUUCUGGAGAUUCAGAGCGAAAUCAACCUGCCUGACGUGCGUUGGAAUGCUAUGAACGGCAUGGCGGACAUGAAUCAGCUCAUCUACCGGCACUUGACCGAGAAGAGGUGGAGGGAAGAAGGAGGGUUGGACCUGCUUAUGGAACGUAUUCACCAAAUGCAUGUUGUUCCUGACCUGCUUCCCGACCUCCGCCCGACCAUCGACCUCCGUCUCAACUUCCCCGAGCCGCCUCCCAAGGAUAUAUACCGCCGGGCCCGCGUGAAGCGGCGUUACCAGAAGAUGGAGCCCGGUAUGUAUUUGCUGCCGGAGCAGACAUGGAGACCGCCUAUGCUAUACACGUCAGUGUGGCAUACAGACACACGGCUCUACACAUUGUUCAUGAUUGAUCUGGACGUUCCCGACGAGGCGAACGAGACAUUCCAAGCAUACCUGCAUUGGAUGCACCCGAACAUACCGCUCUCCGCGUUCUCUCCGUCGCCCAUUUCAAUCCCUCAUCCGCAUACGCACUACAUUCCGCCGCACCCGCAACGGGGUACGCCAUAUCACCGUUACGUGAUACUACUGCUACCCCAGUCAUCGCACACCGAGCCAAUCAAGUUGCCGAAGCUCUCUGACGCGGCCCGGCUGGGAUUCAACCUCCGUGCCUUCACGGAGGAGCAUGGGUUCGACGGUAGCAAGGGCGGCGGCGCGCACAUGUGGAGAGAAGUCUGGGACGAGACUGUCUCCAAGAUUUACCGGGAUGUCCUCAAAACGGAUGAGCCCCGGUAUGGACGGCCCCCGAUGGCGGACCCGUACGCUGAGGCCAAGAGCGGUAAAAAGUACAUCUGAUAGAGUAUUACUGGGCUAUUAUUGGCUGUGCUGUGCUCGUCUACGUAGUAGUGCUGUUCAUUUGACACAGUGAUACUGCGAGGCCGCAAUGCAGUGUUCAGAGCGGUACAAAACAGUGUUCGAAUUACGAGUGAACGUGUUUCGGUGAGGUGGACUGCCAAACAAGUGCGACGGGCGGCAAGUG